CUACUUACUACAAGUAAUAGCAGAGCAACGCCACCGAGGCGCACCAUUUGAGUUGUUAUCGCAGCCCACCCCGCCCCCCACUCACCGCCCGGCAGCGAUUCUUUCCCAUCCACUCACUACUACUAACUGCCAGUCUCUUCGUGACCCUCGGUCUACUUACUUUCCCUCCUGCUCAUUUGCUCUCUGUGUUAAAUCACCCUCAGGGUAGUAGUCCCUCCUAUUCUCCCUUUUCCUCCUCUUCCCCUACUCUUUACCCCCUUGGCCACCCUAUACUCUAUCAAAGGUCUUCUCACCAUUCCACCCCCUCUUGCAUCCCCUCAUCGUAUUAUCGGCUCAACGUCCCUCCUCUCCCCCUCCUUACCCCUCCCCGGUAUACUCUCUCCACCAUGGCCACAACAGCAGCAGGUCGCAUGCUCUCCCGCCAACUGCAGCAAAUGCAGUCGGACAAGGACAUCCCCGGGAUCAGCUGCGGAUUGGUCGAUAACAAUGUCUUUGAAUGGGAGGUCAUGCUCAUGAUCUCCGAUGAUGUCAAGUUGUAUGGCGGUGGUUUCUUCCGUGCUCGUCUUUCGUUUCCUCCUGACUACCCUCACAUGCCGCCGAAAAUGAAGUUCGAGACUCCUCUGUACCAUCCGAACAUCUACCCCAACGGUGACGUCUGCAUCUCCAUCCUCCAUCCACCAGAGGAUGACAAGUAUGGCUACGAGUCCGCCGCGGAGCGCUGGUCCCCCGUGCAAACGCCCGAGACGAUCCUCCUCUCUGUUAUCUCCAUGCUCUCCAGCCCCAACGAUGAAAGUCCCGCCAAUGUCGAGGCUGCACGGUUAUGGCGGGAAGACCCGAAAGAGUUCAAGAAGAAGGUGCGCAAGUGCGUACGGGAUAGUCUGGGAGAGGAGUAAAGGAGCUCCUCCUUCCCUUAUCUACUUUAUCAUCCCUUGAGUCAAACCAUCCAGUCAUGGUUUGAUGUGAAUUACAUGAAACAGAGACGGAAACGGGUUAAUAUGGGUUUCUUUUCUUUGUGUUGUUCGUUGCAUGAUAGAAGGACGCUUGGUGCGGCUGAUUCGGCUGAUGGUCUAUCUAUUUACUUACGUACGGGAUAUAUGCAUUUUUCCCCUUUCGCCUGACAAUUCUUGUUGCUGAUGCGGGGAGUUUUCUUCUUUUUCUCGUUGUUAAUUGGUCUACGAUGGAGUUUAAUCUCACUUCUUUUUACUUUUGCCUUUCUUCCUUCUUUUCAUUCAAUCUACCAUUGCACUCGUUACUCUUGCAUGCUUCUUCUCGUGCGCUGUUAAACCCUGGUUGUAUAUCCUUUUGGGUGUAGGCGGGUUUCCUUUCCCAGUGAAUAUACUUGUGGUAUAUGGGCUAAAUACACGGA